AUGGCGACUCACCACUCUGCGGCAACCCACAAUGAUGUUGGUGGACAGGGAGAGGGCAAGAUCCGCUGCAGCCACUUGCUUGUGAAGCACCGCGACAGCCGUCGCCCCAGUAGCUGGCGCGAAGCGGAGAUUACCCGUACAAAGGAGGAGGCAAUUGAAAUCCUGAAGGGCCACGAGCGGCGCAUUCAGUCUGGCGAAGCCACUCUCGGCGACAUUGCCGUCUCCGAGUCUGAUUGCAGCAGUGCCAGGAAGAAGGGUGACCUUGGCUUCUUUGGCCAUGGCGAGAUGCAAAAGGAGUUUGAAGAUGCCGCCUUUGCUCUCCAGCCUGGUCAAGUCAGCGGCGUUGUAGAAACGGCCUCUGGUGUUCAUCUUAUCCAGCGUGUCCAGUGA